AUGGCUAUCGAGAAGAAAAAAGAUGUUCUCGUGAGGACCAUCGCCGGUAGCUCGGCAUUGGAUUAUGACGCGCCUUUCACUGGCGAGACCCAAAUCAUCGGCGAGCUUCUGUCUCCUGUCUCGCAGAAUGAAGCUGGAACCGUUCGAUGUGUUGGUCUGAAUUACAAAGAACACGCAGCCGAAAUGAAGCUCGCCCUUCCAAGCAGGCCGACUGUGUUUUUAAAGGCAAACACGUGUAUUGCGUCCGCAUCUGAGCCAAUACUGCUUCCAUCAAAUGUGGACUUCGACGAAGCGGACUACGAAGUCGAGCUAGCGGUGAUCAUUGGGAAACAAUACAAGAAUAUCUCAGUUGCUGAAGCAGCAGACUAUAUUCUAGGGUACUCGGUUGCCAACGAUGUUACGGCGCGCAAACACCAAGAUCAAACCUCACAAUGGUCUUAUGCCAAGGGAAUGGAUGGAUUCUGUCCCCUGGGCCCAUGCAUUGUAUCUGCCCAACUAGUUCCAGAUGCUCGAGUUUUGAACUUGAAGACAUCUCUAAAUGGGAAGAUUAUGCAAGAUGGAUCCGCCGAUGAUAUGAUAUUCAGCAUACCAGAGAUUGUGUCAUAUCUCUCUCAGGGUCACACAUUAAUGCCUGGCACAGUGAUCAUCACUGGCACCCCUUGUGGUAUCGGAAUAUCCCAGAACCCGCCGCAAUUUCUUCAGCCCGGAGACCAGCUGAGAGUCAGUAUCAGCCACGGCUUAGGUACACAAAUCUGUCAAAUUGCAAGAGAUUAA